GUUUCAGUUGUCAUUUUACUACAGCCGCUGUUAGUUAGUUAUUUGUGUGCGUCGUCGCGCGUUUCCCAGCAAAUAAGACUGCAACGCGAAGUUUGAGCCACACCAGCAGCGGUAACAUCUGCAGCAGAACGCAGCAACAGCAGCAACAUCCUUCCUGGGCGUGCGCGCGCGUUUAGAAACGCGCGCAAAUAUCGCCUAGCGUUAGUGGGAUUUUUGCUUGUGAUUUUUGCAUGUUCUAUUUGCUAACUUUGCUGCUGUUUUCAGUCGCUAUCGCGAUCUUCUCAAGGCUGCACGCGUUUUCUGCUGACGUCGCCGUUUGCGUCGCUGCCGCGUCGUCAUCGCGUCUGCGUCGCGUCUACGUGUUCAAAGGCAGAAAUUCCUUUCAGUUCGUGCCGUUCGCUUUCAUAAUUCCCCCUAAUUAUCCGCCGCACAUUUAAUAUUUUAUAUACAUAUUUUUUUUUCGGUGUUUGUGUAAUGUGCAAAAAAGGCGAGCACACAAGAAAUGAACGCCACGUUUGAAAUGCAUGCAUAACGCAUAUGUAAAGUUCAAGGAAGUCCAAAAGGCCAACACAUGCAUAUCCCAAGGAAAUAAAUUGAGGGAAAAUAACAAAAAAAAAAAAAACAUCCCGUAAACUGAUCUUGGUUUUUGUGUGAUACUUAUCUAAGCAAAGAGCGGUUAUUAUUUUUGUUCUACUUUGCCGCUGCCUGCUGCAUAAGCAAACAGGCAGCGUAAGCUGUCACCGACAUGGGCAGUGAGCACUACUGCUUGAGGUGGAACAAUUACCAAUCCAACCUGUUAGGGGUGUUUAGUCAAUUACUACAAGACGGGAGCCUGGUGGACGUCACACUAGUUUGUUCAGAGGGCACAUCCAUCAGAGCCCAUAAGGUGGUCCUCUCGGCUUGUUCCUCGUACUUCCAGAGCCUGUUCCUGGAGCAUCCCGAAAGACAUCCAAUUGUGAUAUUGAAGGACGUCCGUUUUGCCGAGCUGCAAACCUUAGUUGAAUUCAUGUACAAGGGCGAGGUGAACGUGCAAUACUGUCAGUUGUCCGCGCUGCUCAAGACAGCCGAAUCCCUCAAGGUCAAGGGCCUCGCCGAGAUGACGAACCAGAACACGACGCUGCGCGAACCGGAGCGGGAGCCAGACCGCUUGCGUCCGCAGGGCGGAGGCGGUAGCGGCGGGUCCGCCCACAAGUCGGCGGACAGUCCGGCGGCCGCUUUGGAUGCCACAGCGGCAACACAGGCGGCAACGGCUGCUGCCACGGCAGCGGCGGCGUCAGCGGCGACGGCAACAUCGACCUCAACAUCAGCAACAACUGCGGCGGCAACAGCAAUGGCAGCAGCAGCAGCGACAGCAGCAACAUCUGCGGCAACAACGGGGAGCAGCGGCAGCGGCAGCGGCAGCGGCAGUAGUACAACCACAACGGCGGCAACCACAACAGCAACCUGUGUGACAGCAGCAACAUCCACGGCAGCAACAUCCUCGCUGACAGCGGCAACAUCUGCAACGGAAGAGGCAACAUCAUCGUCAUCGCCGAGCGGCGGCAUUGCCGUGAAGCGGGAGGCCAGCGAUCGCUGCAGUCCCACGCCCGCCAAACGCUCGUCGCGAUUGCAUCCGGUGGACAAGAAGGAUGAGUUGUUGGCGGACCGGGAGCAAAAGCCGACGGAUGAAUUGCUCGCGGAGGAGUUGCUCGCAAGAACUCGCAACUUGAACGACGACGAGGAUGAUGAUGACGCUGUCGAGGAGGUGGAUGAGCUGGAUGAGAACGAGGAGGUGGCGGCGGCGUCGGCAGCGGCAGCGGCGAUGCGGCAACAGGAUGAAGAUGAGGAGGACGAAGAUGAGGAGGAGGAUACGCCCAUGCCGCUGGAUCUCUAUCAAAGACCUAAUGUCGACCCAAAAAGCGCAGCAGCAGCGGCACCUGCAGCAACAACGCAGCAGGGCGGCAACAACAACCUCAGCGGUAGCAGCAGCAACACCUGCAACAACAACAAUAAUAAUAACAACAAUAACAAUAACAACAACUCCAGCAGCAGCAACAACAACAACAACACUAGUAGUGGGAAAACAACAACAACAUCAGCCAGCAGCAAUGGCGGUACAGCCAACUCCGCCAGUGGAAAUGCAGAUUCUGUGGUUGCAGUGGACGAUGAUGACGACGAUGACAUUGGUGCUGACCAGCGACAGGUGGAUGAUCGCCUGGAGCAGGAAGCCGCCGACGAGGAGGACGAGGAUCAGGAUGACGAUGAUGUGGUUGUGGUGGGCAGUGCCAGUGCUACAACAAUGGCCAGUUGCAUUGCCCAGCGAUUGGCCCACCAUAGUUUCAACCGGUUGCAUCCGCAUCCGCACCCGCAUCUGCAUCACCAUCCACACUCGCAUUCGCAACACCACCAUCAUCCGCAGCACCACCAUCCGCAUACGCAUACGCAUCCGCCGCACCACGCCCACCAUCCGCAUUCGGAUGAGGAGGACGCCAUGCCCGUGAUUGCCAAGACCGAGAUUCUCGAUGAUGACUACGAUGACGAGAUGGAUCUGGAUGAUGAUGAUGAGGCGGACAACAGCAGCAACGAUCUGGGGCUCAAUAUGAAAGUGGGCGGCAGUGGCGGUGGGGGCGUGGACCUGUCCACCGGCUCCACCCUGAUACCCUCGCCCCUGAUAACUCUGCCAUCGUCAUCGGCGGCAGCAGCAGCAGCGGCGGCAGCAGCAGCGGCCAUGGAAUCGCAGCGCUCAACGCCGGCACAAGGAGCGGGAUCGGGAACGGGAGCGGGAGGAGCGGGCGCAUCGGACCUCAGUAUUGGAGGCUCCGGCGGUCGACCGGCGUCCCGGAGUUCCCGUGACGGCGGCGGCAACGAUAACCGCGGCGGAGCCUCUUCGUCCAGCCUGCUCAGUCCCGGAACGGUGGCCAAUCUCCUGCCCGUGCAAUCGGUGCCAUUGAGCCUCAAGAAGGAAAUCGAUUGCAGUGAGGACGACAACAGCAGUCACAGCAGACACAUGCAACAGCGUUCGGCAUCAGCUGGCGGCGGCCUGGGCGGCGACCUUGACUACCGCGCCUCCCACGAGUCGCUGCUCCGCAACUUCAGCUCCCCGAUGAGCGCGAUGGCCGCCAGUCGCUGCCCAACCCCCUUCGCCUUCCCCUUCUCGCCCCUCGGCCUGAGCCUCUUCGACAUCGAUCCGUCCAGAAUUCUCAGCCUGCUGCACCACCAGACCUGGCUGGCAGAAGAGGCUCUCAGGACACGCGGUCUUUUAGCGGCGCCCAAGGACUUUCCGCACCGCUUCACGACCCUCAGCGACCUGCUGACCAAGGACUACCAGCCGGGUCAGCCGACGGCCACGGCAACGGCCACGGCGACCACCGCCUCCUCAUCCUCCUCAUCCCUGUCCUCAUCCUCGACCAGCCAGAAUAGUGCCGGCCGAUCCGGCGAUACGCAGUACAAACACACACAGCAACAACAACCGCAGCAACCUCAGUCGGCAGCCACGGCAACGGCGACCUUUAACCUGCGCUACCCCACGGCCACGCCCACUGCUUUCUACCAGCAGCAGGGAAAGGGUCCCAAAUCCUCGCCAUCGCCCCAACAGAUGGCCACCAGCUCCACCACCACUCACUGUGCGGCCAUGUCCAACGAUUCCGGCGAGGAGGGUAGCUGCAAACGCAGUUCGGCGGACAGCGACGAGGUCACCAUUGUGGAGCUCCCCAGCGAACGUAGUGCCCAGCUGUACAAGGAAUCGCUGGAGCAGCUCCUCCAGCGCCAGCGUCGCACCCCAAUCUCUGGGAUCUCGGGCUCGGGAUCUGGAUCUGGAUCGGGAUCGGGAAGUGUUAUUGUUGAUGCCGCCGGCCUGAGGCAGUACACCCAAUUGCUGUUGGCCGGAGCAGCCGGUGGCAGUGGCAGUUCGGACCUCAAGGAGAAGAGCUCCUCGUCGUCGACCUCGUCCACACCGCCACUGUUGACCCAGCAGCUCAGCCAGAUGCUGAAGAGUCCCUCGGACACCUGCUCCUCGCUGUUCAGCUCGUCGGGAGGUGGCAACUCCGGCUCGGGGAUGCCGGGAGUGCAACUUGGAGUCACCGUGGGCGAGACCAUCGAGGAGGAGACCCGCUGUGUGGUCUGCAAUGCCCACUUCCCCAAUGUCUGGCUGCUCGAGCAGCAUGCCGCCCUCCAGCAUCCCCAUGUGGGUCCCGGCGAGGAGAAGCCCUUCAUCUGCGAGCAGUGCGGUCAGUCGUACCGCUAUCGCAGUGCCUAUGCCAAGCACAAGGAGCAGAACCAUCGCGCUCGUCUGCCCGCCGACAAGCUCUUCACCUGCGACGUCUGCGGCAUGCAGUUCCGCUACCUGAAGAGCUUCAAGAAGCACCGCCUCAACCAUGCCCUCGAGCGACUCCAUGGCAAGAAGAGUGUGGGCGUCGGUGUGGGCGUUGGCGUGGGAGUGGGUGUGGGAGUGGGCGUGGUCGGGCGUCUAGGCAACAGCGGAUCCUCCGCAUCGGUGGCGGCUCCCACCUCCUUAUCCGCCUCGGGUUCGGUGACCUCUGUGGACCAGGACGUGGUCACCAGCUCGCAGGAGCCCAUGUUGGCCGACGAGGGCGAGGAUCUGCGGGUUAAUGUGAAGAGGGAGAGGGGUGCCUCCGACGAGCACACCGCCGAAUCUCGGGCCAACGACAGCGAGGAGCACGAGCAGGACAACACCGUCGACUCGGCGGGCAUCACGAUGCUCUACCAGGACAACAACUCCUCGGCAUCGGCCUCCACCAGCGCCACCGAGCCGACCAUCAGCAGCUCCGACGGCAUUCAUAGUACAAACAAGCGGUCGCGUCUGCACCACUUGGAAACGGAUCCCUCCUACUCGCACCACCACCACCAUCAUCAUCAUCACCAGCACCACAAUGCAACCCACCUGGGUCACGUUUCACUGCCACUGGUGGCCAGCUCGGCUGCCGGUUCCUCAUCCUCGGCGGCUGCUGCUGCCGCUGUGGCCGCGGCCACCGCUGCCGUCGCCCAGGCGCAGGUUAAUUCCGGCGGAACCGGAAGUGGCGCCACCGGAAGCGGUGCGGCCGGAAGCGGCGGCGGUGCAGCUGGUGGCGGAGCAGCCGCAAGCGGCGGUGGCAUCAGUUCGCUCAGCUCGCUGACCUCGCUGAUCAACGCCGAACGCAUUCCGAACGAGCAGUUCCUGGGACUGAAUCCGCAGGAGGCCUCCAUACUCAACUUCUUACGCGUCGAUGCCGCCGAACGACAGCGGGACAAGCGACCGGCCACCUCGCGAUUCGCGUGCCCCUUCUGCGGCAAGUGCGUGCGCUCCAAGGAGAACCUCAAGCUGCACGUGCGCAAACACACCGGCGAAAGGCCAUUCGUGUGCCUCUUCUGCGGCAGGGCCUUCGGGGGCAAGUCCGACCUCACCCGCCACCUGAGGAUCCACACCGGCGAGCGUCCCUACCACUGCGAGUCCUGCGGCAAAUGCUUCGCGCGGGCCGACUAUUUGUCGAAGCACCUGACCACCCACAUCCACAAUGCGCCGCGCUGAGAUGAGGCGCGUAGGAGGCGGCUCCUACGCAGAUAAGGAACCAGCUCCAGGAUCAGCCUCUGAAAACCGCAACACACACACACCAUACUGAAUACAGAAUACAGGAAGCGUAUAAUGAAGCCUAUGUAUAAAUCUUAUUAUUACCAGAAAAGCUCUACGAUUAGAUCGAUGUAAACAUUUUGUCGCUAAAGAUGUGUUUUUUUUUUUUUUUUUUUUUUUUGUGGUUGCAAGCUAGAGUAAAACAAAAUUUGUGGGCAACUAUUUAGCACGGGUAUUAAAGUGUUUAAGAAUUCUGAAUAUACACCUAUCUCUCUAGAUAUAAAUAUGUGUGAGUAAGGAUUACGAUUAUAAUUAUCGUAGGCACAAGAUUACGUUUUUCUACAACUACGAUUAAGUGCAGAUGGGAAGGAAAUGCGAUUUGGUUCUGUGAAACAACUUAUUUCUCUAACACAUUAACGAAACAGCCAGAAAACUUUGCAAUAGCAAUAAACAAAAUAGUCUGUAUUUUCUACCGAAACAAACGAGGGGGAUACAUACAUAUAAGUAUGUACCACACACACACACACACACACACACUUUGUACCGCAGAUCUGCCGUUGAUAUACACAAUAGAUAAAAUAGAUAUAAUUUUACACCGAUCUAUAGAAGCUAAACUAGCAACAAUUUGUACAAAAAAGAAACAAGCAAAACAAAACAAACAACAAACGAGAGGAAACUAACUUUGCAAGAAUCAAUGCAAUAACUGAAAAAAACUCUGUUACCUACCACAGAAAACAAUAAGCUAAUUGGGUUUUUAGUUGAUUUUAGUACAGAAACUGUACUGAAACUAAGCCAACCACUAAAUUUAAAACAAAAUGUUUAAAACGCUACAAGCAUUAUUUAUUCUUCGGUUGACCGAUCUACAGAUAUAUGUUCAAAGGAAGUCAAAGUUGGUUUAUAGGAUUAUAGAACUGUAAAGCUAGGAGAUACUAAUGGGAUCUACCACCGUCAAUAGUUUAAUUUAUAUACAAAACAAAGCAAAGCAAAGCAAAGCAAGGCAAAUCAAAACUAAAAACAAACAUAGGAACAAUUAACAAUUACCAAUAGCAAUUACAAUUAAAACUGCAACUACAACAACACAAAACUAACUGUGAUCACAACAAGAAAACAACAUUGAAGUUUUAACUAACCUACAAACAAGCUGAACAAGCAAGAAUAGUUUAUAGCCAUGGCAACCAUGGCAAACAAUAGAGAAAUUGGGCGGUGCUGGCAACUCUGGUGCGCGCACCGUCCGUCCGCUGGAAACGAAAUGUGCAAUUAAACAAUAAAAACAAUAAAAUAGGGACAAACCCAUAGGUCAGAAAUGAUUUCUCAACAGAUAUCUGCUUCAUUUAACUAUGUUCAACAAACACAGUAGAAAGGGGAAAACAAAAGGAAAAAUGAAAAAGCAAAAAAAGCAAACAAGCAAAAAUCUUGAACCAAGAACAUCGAAUUAAAGUGUAAAUGAAAAUCCAAAAACCGAAAAAAAAACUUUAAUACAUAGAAGAAGAAGAUGAAGAAUGGGGAAGGGAUGGGAUGAACAGUUUUUUGUAUUAACUAAAUGUCUAACGCACUAAGAAGAAUAUUUGCAGUACCAAAAAAGUGGAAAGUAAAACUAAAAAAAAAAAAACGAGAACAAAUCAAAGUAAAGUGGUAGAAGUAAAGUAAAUGAAAACUUUCACUGUGCCAAAAAGUUUCAAGUACCUCAUAAUUUAACUAAAUAUUAACGAGAAGCAACUAACCACACCGAAAACAGCCCACACAAUCCACACGCAGUCCACACACACGAUCCACAAACCCCACAAAUAUCCCGCAACGAAAUGAGUCUAGACAGGAAAUGUCAAAGCGUAUAAUUACAUAGAAGCUGAAAGCUGAAAGCGAAGCGUUAACUAAUCCUAAUUUACCAACCGGAGAGGGCUAGAAAAUAGUUAGAUAGAUAGAGAUAGAGCUAGAAAUAUAGGGACAGAGAUAGAGAUAGAGACAGAGAGAGAUGGCGAUAGCGAGAGAGAAAGAGAAAGAGGGAGUCAGCGCAUGGGUAGAUCUACCAUCCACCGCGGAUCCACGUAUAUAUAUUUAUAUAUAUAUACAUACACUGUGUGAUCCGAUCCCCGAUUUUCGAUUAUUUUUUUGUAAUUUAUUUAUUCUUCAACAACACAGUUCUGCCUACAUUUUAUCUCCAAACUUAAGUGUUCAAUUGUAGCGAAUAUAUAUUUGCCUUGAAAUAUAUAUAUAUAUAUACAAGCAUAUGUUAUGUGAUAGUUUAACAAAUUUACUGCACCCCUUUUAAAGCCAACAUAUUUUGCCUAACAACACUAUGUUAAUUGUAAAGAAAAGACAACAAAUUAUUAUUUUCUUGAUACGUAAGUUUUUCAAUUUCAAUUGUGUCAGUAUGUGAACCGUCAAAGAUCAGGGCCUCUAGCAAAUGUUAUAGUUUUAGUUCAUUAUUAUUAUUAUUUUUAUGAUUAUUAAUCUGAUGUGAAUUUUUGAAUGCAACUUUUUGUAGUUUUAGUUUCUUUCGGUUCUCGAUAUCUCUUUUUUUAAUUUCUAUUUAUAUUCUAACAACAUGCUACUGCAACAACAAACAAAAAUCAACACUGCCUUUUGUAAACACACAAAAACCAGCAAAUGUAUAAUGCAAAAUUUGUAAUCGUACUAUUUUAAGUUACUCUUUUUUUUACCAUACCUAUUAAUUUUUGUAUGUAAACAUCACAAAUGCCGAAAUCUUUUGAGAAACUCUGUUUGAUUUUUAUUUUCCAAGCUCUAAAUUAAGUUUUUAAGCACAACA